GUCUGGACUGCGAGUGGAUCAGGGGCAAGAAGCUUGAUCUUAUUAGGUGUUCCAGGGACCUGUCCUGGAAUUAGCUCUGUGCACGCAGCUCACAAGUCCCAGCUGUGCCCAGCCGAGCAGAGCAGCGGAGCCACCCUUGGCCACAGGUCACCCUCACUUACCAGUCAUGCUCUGGCAGCUCUCUUCAGCGGUGGUGCUCUUUAUGUCGCUGGCUGUAAUUUUGCAUGAUGGCCAUCAAAUAAGAGCCAAAGCAAUUCCAGAAACAAGAGACUGCCUUCAACCCAUCAUAGCAGCAACAGGACAGGCCACAGCAAAAUCUGUUUUGCAGCCAACUAAUGAAGCUCCUCAAAGGACUUCAGCAGCAAGAUCCAUAGAUGGCCACAUCACUUCUCUAAUAGCUAGCGAAACUUCCAACUCUGAGAUCCCAACACACACAACAAUAAAAACUCCAACCACUAUGUCAGUAACUACAGAGAGCCCUCCACCCACCAGCCCAAUUAUCUAUACCCUGGUCACAUCCAACAACUCACACACCACUCCAAUUACUGACACCACCAUUGGCCCUGGCUCAACUCCAUAUUCCCAGCAACUCAUCACCUCACUAGCCCCUACAACUGGAACUAGUUCAUCCACUGUCAGCCACACAACUGGGAAAACCCCCGGACACAGUAGCCAGACUACCCUCCCUAAAACUUUGUCUGCAGCAACGCUCAAAAGCACCACCCAUCAGAAGCCUACUCCACCCACCCAUGCCCAAGGAACACCAACAGCCAUACACAAUGCCACGCAAACAGCCUCACCUGCCUCCACAGUUCCUGGGCCCACCCUUGCACCUCAGCCAUCGUCAGUCAAGAUCGGAACUUACCGAGUUCUAAAUGGAAGCAGGCUUUGUAUAAAAGCAGAGAUGGGGAUAGAGCUGAUUGUUCAAGAAGAGUUGGUUUUCUCACCUCCAAGAUACUUCAACAUCAACCCCAAUGUAACCCAUGCCUCUGGGAAAUGUGGUUCCCGAAAAUCCAACCUUCUCUUGAGUUUCCAAGGCGGAUGUGUGAAUCUGACAUUUACCAAGGUGAGGCAAGAGCUCCUUUACACUGGUUGACUCUGGCUUCGCUUGGCC